AUGAAAGAUCAUACAAUUUCGUUGAAAUCUCUAAAUAAUAGAACAAUGACAUCCAUGAGAACAAGGACCAGAGAUAUUUCACAUCUGACGGAUAGUCUGAACAGUGCUAGAGUCUAAGAACAAAUUAAAUAGAAAUAGCUGGUUGCUGAACUUCAUUUAUAAUAAUAUGUAUAACAACAGAGGACAAAAAAACAGAAUCAGGCUUAUCUCAGUAAUCAAUUGAGAGUCAAAACUGAGGAGAAAUCUGAUUAGACAUCAGAACAAGUCAAUGAGAAUGAAAUUCUACCGAUAUUAGAAUAGAUCUCAGAAUUAAAUUUUGAAGAAAUCACAUCAGGAUUAUCCCAAGAAAGGGAUCGCAGUCAUAUUUUGACUUCCUUAAAAUAAUCAUUAUUCAAAGCAAUCAAUUCCACUCCUACUUUGGUUUCCCUCAAACAAUAAUCCAAUAGUUUUUUUUCAGCUCAACCUACUGGUCGAAGAGAUGCCAUCAUGCUCAAAUAAUGGUUUGUAAACUUCAUGGAAGCAACUCAACAAUCACAAAAGGAUUUCAAAGACAAAUUAAUAUCUUUAUCUGAAGCCUUGCAUCUCUGUCUGCUCGAGGUCAUCAGAUAAGUAUCUUAUCAAUGUGCUGAAAGAGGUCAAUUGCUUCACUCAUUAGUUAAGGGUUAUAUAUUAGUAUUUCAUAAGCAUUUCAUGAUAAAGGAGGAGGAGAAAAGAAGAUUGAAAUUUUAAUUAUUUGAAAAAAAUAUUAAUGAAGCCAAACAAAAGGAGGAGUUAGAAAAUCGAUCAUAAUUAUAAAUCUCGUAAUUAACUCAAGAAUUGAAUCAACUAAAAUAGAAAGAAAAUCUCAUUAAUUCAGAACGCAUCAGUUAUCAAUAGACUAUCAAUAAAUUAUAGAAUAAAAUUAACUUACAGUAAACCAUAUAAAAAAGUGCAGCUAAUAUGAUAGGCAAUCUACAAAGGGAGAUAGAUCAAUUAAAGCAUCAGCUUUCCAAAAAGAAUCAAAACAAACACUCUUCUAUGAAUAAGUCAGAUGAUGUAAUAGAAGAAUAAGAUUUAUCAUUAUCUCAAGUACUUAAGGAAUUAAAUUAACAGAAUAAAUUUGAAUAAAAUUAGGAUGUUAUUGUCAAAGAUGUCAUUGAAAUAUUGCCUGUAGUCUGUCAUAGUGUUGGUGUUUAGACUUUCUAAAAAUGUCUAUGCGUUAUCGAAACACAAACAGAUCUACAAUUAAUGUCUCCUUAAUAUGAUAAGUUUUUGUCUACUUCUGAAAUAGAAAAUACCUUCAGAGAGUUUGAAUUAAAAUAACAAUUAGAUUAACAAAGUUGGUUGGAUGGAUUAUGUGAUCAAAUGAAUAUGCAUCUUGAUGAACCAUCAAUUCAGGAUUAUGAUACUCGAGGCAUUACAAAAAUUGAUUUAAUAUAUGAGGUUCCAGAAAAUGACGAAGGGUCGCCUGAUGUAUUAAGUAGAAGGAAAAAUGACUAUAUGCAAGAUAGAAGACUCUAGAUUGAUAGGUCUGAAACAUCUGAAAAGUUGAUUCGAGAAUUAGACAAAUACGGUUCAGAUCGACUAUUAAAUAUCAAAUAAGUAUAAUAAGGAACAGGCUCUAAUAAUACUUAAUAGAAUUCGUAGUAAUCUUCGUAAAAAGUAAUUAAAUUAUCGCCUUAAGCAGGUUCCUUAGUGAAUUAAACUAGUGCUUGUAAAAUUGAUUCAAUUAAAUAGAAUUAAAAAUAACAAGUUCCUUAAUAAUAAUAAGUACAAAUUAGUUCAUAGAGAUAUUUUCCAUCAAAUGACAAUUUAGAAAAAAAGAAUAUUAACAUAUAAGAAAAGUAAGUAUAAAAGAAAAAGAAGAUGAGCGUAUCAUCAUAAUACUAGUAAUAAUAAUAGUAAUAAACUUAAUAAUAACAUGUCUAGUCGUAAUAAUAAUAAUCUUAAUCAUCAUAUGCUAUUCAAUAUGCUGAUUCAACUGAAAAAGCUGAAACAUUUUAAUAACCUAAUUUAUCAAAAUCAUAAACAACAAUGUUGAUGUUACUUUAUUAGAUACAAAAACAAAAAGCACAAAAUGCCACUACUCGAAUGAAUGAAACAAAUGAAUUAUUAACUUAGAUUUUACUCUUUGCAAGAAAAUUGACUGUUCAUAUAUUAAAAUCUUAAUUCAAAACACAUACUUAGAUAGCAGAAGAAUUUUUAUUUGAAUUUGAAUCUUUAAGGAAGAAGAUAUAGAAUGACAAGGAAAUUUUAGAAGAAGAAUAUGUUUUGGAUGAAGAGAAAGAAAAAGAAGAGAAAAAGCAAGAGGCAAUGAAGCGAAGAAAAGGGAAAAUACAAAGAGCCUUACGACUGAAUUUUGCAACCAGAUAAAUGAAAUAAAUACCCACAAUUGAUAGAUUAACUCAUCCUGGAGUGCUAUUAGCAAUAAAAGCCAGAGAAUAAUCUCAUCUAUUUAAAAAGGUUGUUGCAUAUUGGCCAGUUAAGAAUGUCUUAAGAACAAUUAGUCAAAUAUAUUUAGAAAAGGCAUCCUUUGGAGGAGAAGCCGAUAUGUAAAUCUUUGUCUUCAAUUUCUUUCUUAAUAAAUAUGGUUUCAAACAUGUGGCAGAGAAGAAAUAUUUAUAAUUCUUAUUAUCCGUGAUUCAUUUUUGUCAAAUAUUCAGAGUGAAUCUAUUUGCUAGAUUAUUAUGUCUUUUACAUGAUGAACAUCUGAAUUUCACUUAAGAAGAAUCAGCAUUUCUGCUAUCAGGGUUGGAAUAUAUUCAUAGUCAAACAAGUCUGGGAGUUAAUAUAGUGCAAGGAGACAGUGAAUCCAAGUUUCAUGUGCCUUAUUUGAGAGCGCUAGAUUACAUCAAAAUGCAUUUGGAAAAUAAGUUGACUGAGGAUGAAGUUAAGGAACUGAGAUAAGAUUUAGAUAAUUUGAGGGAAAGUGAUGCAAAAAACAAAGCUGGAGUGGUUGAUAUAGAUUUAUUUAUGUCAAAGGUUCUCGAUAAAUAUAGAAAUGUAACUCAUAGAACUAAGGUUUUUGUGAUUCAUGCGUUUCAAGCUGCUGAUUUGGACGGCAAUAAAAAGAUUAAUCAUAAUGAAUUUUUAACUUUAUUUAGACACAUAGAAGGUGAAAAAUUUGAUUUCUAAGAAGCUCUUGAUUUAUUUGAUGAACAAGCUGAUAUUAUUCAUUAAGGUGAAAAGAAUUUAUCAUUUAAUCGUUUCACAUCAGUUUGUGUUAAUUAAUAGAUCUUUACUGAAAAUUCACUCAAUGAUUUCAUUGGCAAGGAAGCAAAUAUGGAAUAAAUAUUCGAUGAUGUUGUGAAAACUUGGAAUUAAUAUAAGUUGGAGAUAUAAGGUUUGCUUACUCAAUUAUAACCAUUUGUGACAUAAGAAAUAUAUCAAGAAUGGGUCAAUAUAUUAUUCACACUAGAAAAAAGGAUUCUCCAUUAGAAAACAGAUUAUUAAAAUGUCAGACCUAUUCUAAUAGCACACAAAAUACUAAAAUUAGAGUUAACAAGAUUGCUGGAUGAGGAUGAAUAAAAUUAGAAUAAAGAAUGA